AUGAAGUUUAGCAGCGCUUUGAGUGUUUCUGUCAUCACACUUCUCUACAUAACAGGUUCACUCAGCCAGUUAGAUGUAUGUGGUCGAGCCCCUCUCAAUAACAAGAUAUUUGGAGGAGGGAAUGCGACGGCAGGGGCUUGGCCGUGGCAGGUCAGCAUUCAUGUCAUUGGGUUUGGACAUAACUGUGGAGGGACUCUCAUCAAUAAAGACUGGGUGUUAUCUGCAGCACACUGCUUCCAGAGUGCCGGUGUGUCUAACACUGUGAUGUACUUCGGUCGUCUGAGUCAAUCUGGAUCAAACGCUAAUGAGACGUCCAGGAGAGCGAGCCGAAUCAUCAACCAUCCUGGCUACAGCGGUCCUCCCUUUGACAAUGAUAUAGCCCUGGUCCAGCUCUCCUCCUCUGUGACUUUCUCUGAUUACAUUAAGCCGGUCUGUCUGGCAGCGGCUGGGAGUGUGUUUGGGGGAGGGACAGAGAGCUGGGUCACUGGAUGGGGAAGACUACAGCAAGAAGGGUCAGAUAUGCUGCAGGAGGUGAUGAUGACAGUAGUGAACAACACUGACUGUAAUAAUUCUUAUGGCGGGAACAUCACAAGCAAUAUGAUUUGUGCUGGAAAGCAAGGGAAAAGUGCAUGUCCGGGAGACUCUGGAGGUCCGAUGCUCAUCAGGAACGGCCCCCUGUGGAUUCAGUCCGGCAUUGUGAGCUUCAUAAGAGUCCCAUGUGAUGACCCCAAACAUCCCAAUGGGUUCGCCAGAGUAUCUCAGUAUCAGGACUGGAUCACGUCUUACACGGGCAGCAACCCGCCUGGAUUUGUUGCAUUCAGUGCAGCAUCUAACUCCAACUUCAGAAGUGUUUCCCACCUCCUCAUAUUCCCUCUUUCUCUCACAGUCUCCAUCUUUCUCACUUCCUAA